AUGAUUCGAUCAACAUUCCCCUCAAAAUAUAGAACCAUCACUUCCGUCAAGGAUAUUGAACUUGACCUCUUUCAUCACAUCUCAAACAUCUUCUCUCUCUUCAGACACCAGUCCACCAUGUCCGACCAGCAGAUCAUCUUCACCAAGAACGCCCCUGCGGCUGUUGGCCCUUACUCCCAGGCCAUCAAGACCCCCAACAUGAUCUACUGCUCUGGCCAGAUCCCUCUUACCCCUGAGGGUGAGCUCGUUGAGGGUUCCAUCACCGCCCAGACCGAGCAGGCCUGCAAGAACGCCAAGGCCGUUCUCGAGGAGGCUGGCUCCGAGCUCGCCAAGGUCGUCAAGACCACCAUCUUCAUCUCUGACAUGGCUCACUUUGCUGAGCUCAACGCCGAGUACGAGAAGUGGUUCUCCCACAAGCCUGCUCGCAGCUGCGUUGCCGUCAAGACUCUCCCCAAGAACGUCGAUGUUGAGAUUGAGGUCAUUGCUCUCCCUUAA